UCCACCUAACUCUGAACUUAACCACCCAGUCCUCUAUGUGCACUGGACAGGAUGGGAUGCUCCACCAGCUCCCAAACUUCAGCCGUAGACACGACUCGACCCAGUGCUAAGCCCGAGGAGAGCAACGGAGCCAGCACUACAGGGGCAGCCAACGAAAAUGGCAAAGUAGCUGAGGACAGUGAAACUAUUCCCGACCAGACACCUGCUGAUGGCGGCGAUGCUAAACCCGCAGAUGAACCUGCUGCAGCUGCCACAUCUUCAGACAGCACAGGUGCAGCUCCACCAGCAGGGGAGGAGCCUCAGCCCGCUGCAGCCAGUCCACCUGCCGAGGCAGCCGCAGCAGCAGACAGCAUCAAUGAGACAGCAGCAGACAGCACCACUGAGACAGCGGCAGACAGCCCCACUGAGACAGCGGCAGACAGCCCCACUGAGACAGCAGCAAGCUCCUCAGAGCCUGCAGCUGCAGCUUCAGAGCAAGAAAAAGCUGAGGCCACGGCGACUGAUUCGGAGCCCAAAACAGAGGAGGCGCCAGCUCCCAGUGAGUGA